AUGGCUGCGGCCUUUCGGUGCGUGGAGCGAGCUCUGCUGCAGGCGCCACGAGCUUCGGCUUACUCUGAUGUGGUCGGCUCCGGCACCACCUGCGGCCGCUGCCGCCUCCCCUGCCCCGUCGGAGCUAAAAGAUACCUACUUACAGAUAAUAUUGUGAAAUUAAAAGAAUUUCAACAGAAGAAGGUGGUUGUUGCCUAUAAUCUUCCUGGUACCAAAGAAACCUAUUUUAGAAAACUGGAAGACAAAUUGACCCAGAACAAACUCAUCUUAAAGGAAGAGUUGCAAACUUUGCUUCAUUUGUGUCAAUCCCGGGAUGAUGUGGAGCUAGCAAAAAAUGUCAUUUACAGGUACCAUGCAGAAAACAGAAAUAUCACUUUGGGGGAAUAUAAAUUUGGACCACUUUUUAUGAGGCUGUGUUACGAGUUGAAUCUUGAGGAAUCUGCAUUGGAGCUCAUCAAAGAUCAGCAUUUGCAGGGUUUCUUCUCAGAUUCCACAUCUUUCAAUAUUUUGAUGGAUAUGUUAUUUACCAAAGGCAAAUAUGAAAAUGCACUGGAAGUAUUGCUAGAGAUGAAAAAUCAAGAUGUGAAGUUCAUCAAAGAUACCUAUGUGCUUGCAUUUGCAAUUUGCUACAAACUGAAUAGCCCAGAAUCUUUUAAAAUCUGCAAUACAUUAAGAGAAGAAGCCUUAAUGAAAGGAGAGGUUCUCACCAGGAGAGCAAUGUGCUUCAUUGUGGCACUAGCACUGAAACAGAACCAAGUGGAAAAAGCUGUAUCCAUUUUUUCCAAAAUCAUGAAUGCAGAGAGUAUAACCUGCAUUAAUUUAAAUAUUGUAAUCCAUAUCCAAUCAAAUAUGUUAGAAGCCUUGAUAGAUGUGCUACAGGGUGCUGCAGAAGGAAAUUUAUCAAGGUUUGUGAAAAGAAACAAGUUUUCAGAGGAAGUGCUGGCCAGAGUAAGGGAAAAAGUGAAAGAUGUACCCACUCUUAUGGCCAGAUUUGAUGAGAUUUAUGGGAAACUGCACAUAAAUGGCCAAGUCACCACUUGCACCUUGGACGCUCUGCUCUGCCACACCCCCAAAGAUAGGACAUCCCACACAUUGCUACUAAAAAAGAGGACUAUCAGCCAUCGAACUCUUCAACCCCUCAACCAUUCCCUGCUGGCUGAGUAACUAUUUUCAACCUUCCUCAUGGUUUGAGGAGCCUGAGAGGCAAGGCAUCUUACUUCACCAGACAUUUUGCUAACACUUGGUCUUCUGCUUAAAUUCCAAGUCCACUGAGUGGUGACACAUUGAUUGAGAGGUUAUGCUGCUGUGCCACUGUGAAGCUGCUCUUCAGUAUCAAAUGCCAAUGGAAGAGCAGGGUCCUGUUUCCAGUACAAACCUCAACACCAGAAAAAAAAAACCUAAGUAUCCUUGGGAAGGAAUUUCACUGGAAGCCUAGUUGACCCCGACUCAUUUUUCAAGGGAGGAAUUACUUGAAAAAUUACACUUUGCUGAAUUUAGAUCUGAAACCCUCUUCUGCCAUGAUGGGAAAUAACUAAGAACUGUUCCACUGUUCACCACGUCUUGUCUGUGAUCCUAAGCAAGGUACUUCAGCCCUCACUUUUCCAUCUGCAAAAUAAUGGCGUCUAUGUGCAUUUGCAGAUUGAUCUGAAAUUGUCAUCCAAGGGUCAGUAGGGUUAAACUUUCCCCAAAGUCAAGGAAAUAAAAAAUAGCUGAGCA